CCGGCUAAAUAUCAGUUAAGACGGAAUCUUCAUCGAUAGAGGAAGUUUCGAAAUCAAAAGUGCGAAAAUGCGUUGCGUGAUAUUGUUUGGCUUGAUCGCCUGUCUGGCGUGUCUGUCUAUGGCCUGGGGCCUGGAGGAGUCCUCCAACGAUCAGGAUCUGUCUCUGUCGCCUGUGGAGCAGGGCAUCGAGCAGCCCGUCGAGGGACAAGUUCGUGCUAAGCGUCAGUUCUAUGGCGGUGGCUAUGGAAGUCCCUUCUAUGGCGGUGGAUACGGUCGCCGUGGAUAUGGAGGAUAUGGUGGCGGCUUUGGCAACUAUGGUGGAUAUGGUCGCUACGGAGGUGGAUAUGGACGUCCCUAUGGCGGCUAUGGCGGCGGCUUUGGAGGCCCCUUUGGCGGUGGAUUCUAUGGCUAAAUUACUUUGACUACCAAUAAACGAAAACGAAAAGUG